AUGGUGCCAAGAUGGGAUGCCACCUGUGCAGUGGCUCCAGUCCUGACGCUUCAUGUGGUCCUCAGAGUGCCCACACCACAGGACAUGGAGAGCUUCAUGGAAUGGCGUUCCAUGGUCAAGCAGCCGCAUCCAAAACCUGACACCACCAAUGUUGAUGAGCAUUUGAGUCGACUUGAUUUAGUGCUGAGCUGCCGGAAACAGGAAGGACUUGAGGCUAAGUUGGAGAAGUGUUUCUUCUUCAAGAAAGAGGUGCAGUAUCUGGACCAUGUAAUCUCAGAGGGGGCAGUCUCAAUUGACCCAGGGAAAGUCUCUGCGGUCGGCGCUAGCCAAAAUGGCUUGGGAGCCGUACUGUCCCAGGAGCAGGAUGGCCAGUGGCAGUGGACCUGUAUUGUGUGGAAGGAGGAUUUGUUGUAUCGCCAGCUGUUUUGUCCAGAUGGGGGUGGAGAGGUGUGGCAGCUCCUUCUGCCAGAGACUUUGAAGGAGGAGGUCCUGCAGCAGCUUCACCAGAACCAAGGCCAUCAGGGAAUUGAGCGGACUACUGAGGUGGUGAAGCAGAGGGGUUAUUGGCCUGGGAUGGACCAGAAGAUAAAGAACUGGUGUCAAAAGUGUGAGCGUUGUAACUUGGCUAAGGCAACACACCCGGAGAUCAGAGCACCUAUGGGCCACUUACUGGCAGCCAGACCAAAUCAAAUCUUGGCCAUCAGUUUUACUUUUUUGGAGCCUUCCAGCGAUGGUACUGAGCUUGUGUUGGUAAUGACUGUUUUUUCCAAGUUUACCCAGGCUGUACCUACAAGGGACCAGACGUCUUCCACUGUAGCAAGAUUGCUAAUAAAGAAGUAGUUCUAUUGAUAUGGAGUCCCCAUGUGUUUGCACUCUGACCAGGGCCGGAGUUUUGAGUGCUUUGGUGCAGCAGUUGUGUGA